AUGGCUAAGCAGUUAGCCCUCCUCUCCUCCUCCAGACCAGCGACAGGUGAGAGUGGAAAAGUGGAACUCUGUGGAAGUGGAAACGGUGGUGGCCGCAGAAAGAAACGUCCGACCGCUACUGCCCCUCAGCCUCCACCUGCACCAGUUUAUCUUGGUGGAGGAAAAGGUCGAAAAACCAAAAGCAGUGGCAUUAAAGAUGGUGGAAUUGCAAUUAUGGAAUCUACUGCAGCUGUAACAGAAGCUUUAGUAAGUGUUAGUGUUAGUGAUGGUGGAGGAGGUGGGGGUGGGGCUUGCGGAGGAGGAGGCGGCGGUUGCGGGGGUGGGGGUGGGGGUUGCUGA